GUCAGUAUCGAUACACCACUUUAUAGUCAGCAAGCAGCAAGAACACAGCACAACAGAGUCUGUGUAAUAACAUUAAUCUUCCUUUUUCUUUUCUUUUUUCCUUAAAAGUAGACCUUGCUUUGAUUCUUCCUCUGUACUCUAAAGAAAAAACCCAUCUUUUUAUAAACUUCUCUAUGUGCUGAGAAAGAAACCAAAAACCACAAGAAAAGAAAGGAAGGAAACUGUGCCAAAGGCAAAAAUGGGUCGUCUUCUUUACAUUUUCUUCUUCAUUGCCUUUCUCGGUUUUGCAGGAGCUGGUCAAGAAUCAACACCCAUUGAAGCUCUAAACCUGCAUCACAAAGUCCUUCAACUUCCUCAAACUACUGAUCUUGAUCUAGCUGUUUCAGUGAGCGACAACAAAACCAUUACUGAGAUUUCUUCUAGUAUCAUAAAGGCUGAGACUUGGCUUAAAACUCAUGUCCUCUCUCGUUACCCUACCAUCAAAAUCACCACCAUUGUUGUCUUUUUCCCUGAUUCUUCUUGCCACCAAACCACACAGCACAACCCCACCUUUGAUCUAGUUCUUACUUCUUUGAAAAACAUUUACCAUUCUCUCAAAAGAUGGGGUCUUGAGAAGAACAUCAAAGUCUCCUCUGGCUUCUCUUACCAAUGCUUAAAAAACCCAAAAAGCUCAGAAAUGUUCAACUCUGUUCUCAUCUUCCUCAAAACCAUAAACUCAACUUUCACCAUAAACCCACCUCUAAAUUUCCUAUCUUCACCUGAUAAUCAUCUAGAUUUGCUUCAUUCCGUUGAAAAGUUGGGAUCUUUGAGCUUCAACAAGGUCAAUUUCUUAAACCCUGAGCCAGAAGAAGCAACUACAAGGAGAAAUCUAAGAUCUUUAAUCAACAUUAGCAGCAAAUUCACAAUCUCAUUCCCAACACUACCCUCUCCAUCACCAGAGAACUCACCAAUUCACUCCUCCAUCGGAUCUUCAUCUCCACCAACAGUAUCCUACUUCCCUGAAGAACCUCCACAAUACCCGCCGGAGCAAUCUCCGAUUUCAUCUCCUCCUCUACCGAACCAAGGGAAUCAAGGGAUCUCUCUUCCGCCGCCGUGUCUUCCAACUCAUCCGGCGCCGUCGCCGUCUCCGGUGAAGAAGAAAGACGUGGAAGGACUAUGGUGCGUGGCGAAACCGAGCGUAGCGGCAGAGACAUUGCAACAAUCUUUGGACUUUGCUUGUGGACAAGGAGGAGCUAAUUGCGAUGAGAUUAAACCUCACGGGAUAUGUUAUUAUCCAGACACAGUUAUGGCUCAUGCCUCUUACGCUUUCAACAGUUACUGGCAAAAGACUAAACGAAACGGAGGCACUUGCUCUUUUGGUGGAACCGCCAUGCUUAUCACUACUGACCCAAGUUAUCAGCAUUGCCGGUUUGUUCUGAGUUGAGAUUUGUCAGCCAUGGACGAUCUACCUCGGAGAAGAAGACGAUUAAGGAAGAAUAAUUCUAAUUUCUAGUUAUGGAUCUCUAGUUUUGUUAAUUUAAUCAUCGUUACAAAACUAUGUUUUUAUCAUUUAGGGUUCAAGUUAACUAUUGUUACUUUUUAAGCCGUUUAAUUCGGCCCAGUUGUUGCUGUUAAUGGGCUUUGUUAUACGA